AUGAGCUCUUACUUCGUGAAUUCGUUUUCAAAUGACCCCGACUAUCAACUAAAUUAUGGACCGGACAGUGGUACACUGAACGACGCGGCGUAUAGGGCUUCUUCCGCGGCCGCGAUGCACCACGCGACUGACGCUUACGGCUAUGGCUACAAUGGUAUGGACCUGACAGUCACAAACCGGGGAGAGGGGAAGACCAACAACUCAAGCGACAACGGACACUUCGUAGACGGCUCGGUCGUCGAGGACUCCCGGAGCUUUAGCCCCUUGGACAGUGAGAGGGGUUUCAGGCAGUCGUCUAGCUGUUCUGUCGCCUCUGUGAGAGCCUCCCUCUUGUCAACUAAUUGCAGAGGCAGUCAGCAGAGGAGCCGGAGCUCGUCUCCCCACUCGGCACAACCAGGAAGCGUUCUUCUUAGGUCCCUCAACCCGACCUCGCGCACUUCAACGCGCGGAGACACCCAGCGAUUCGCGAAGAUGAACGAAAACUCAACAGGAGUGGAUGAAAAACAACACGAUAGCCGGACCGUGGGCGAUCACGUCACACUACCGGUGCACGAGAAGCAAGUGGAUGGCCAGGCGGGGAGCUCAAACCUGGCUAGUGAGCCUCCACAGAUAUUUCCCUGGAUGAGAAAACUGCACAUUAGCCAUGAUAUGACGGGCCCGGACGGGAAACGUGCACGGACGGCGUAUACCCGCUACCAGACACUCGAGCUGGAGAAGGAGUUUCACUUCAACCGCUAUCUCACACGCAGGCGGCGGAUUGAGAUCGCGCACACGCUUUGCCUCACCGAACGCCAAAUUAAGAUAUGGUUCCAAAAUCGAAGGAUGAAGUGGAAGAAGGACAACAAACCGAAAAACAUAAACAUCGUCACUACCAGUGCACCCUUCCAACCUUAA